AUGGCUGCACAAGUUACCGAGCAGACGCCAGGCCGCCCCUCGAGUGAGCCUUCAGUCCUCGAGAAGCAAGAUGUCGGCCACAUUGAGGACAACAACGCAGUCGGCGAGGCUGAGGACCCCAUUGAGGCGAAGAGAGUCCUCAGGAAGAUUGACAUGCGGCUCAUUCCUUUGCUCAUGUUCUUGUACACUCUCACCUUUCUUGACCGGGUGAACAUUGGGAACGCCAGGCUCUGGAACAUGGAAAGGGAUUUGAAGAUGACAGGAUACGACUACAACAUUGUGGUUCUCGUUUUCUACAUUCCGUACAUUUUAUUCGAAAUUCCGUCUAAUAUUAUCCUAACCCGCGUUAAGCCAAGAUUCUGGAUUGCCAUCCUUACCCUGGGAUGGGGACUUUCGGUCACUUUUGCCGGCUUUGCUAAAAGCUUCGGCGGGCUUCUAACGGCCCGAAUCUUCAUCGGAGUUUUCGAAGCCGGCAUGUUCCCCGGCUGCCUCUUCCUAAUCGGCUCCUGGUACAAACGUCAUGAGCUGCUGGCCCGCAUGGCCUGGUUCAUGGUCUCUAAUGACAUUGCCGGCAGCAUUUCGGGCUUGCUCGGUGCCGGCUUGGGCUCCAUGGACGGCACCCGCGGCUACUCCGGCUGGAGCUGGAUCUUCUUCAUCGAGGGCGGCGUUACGUGCUUUGCCGCCAUUCUCGCCUUCUUCUUCCUGCCCCCGUUCCCCGAGGACUCGACGUUCCUGAAGCCGGAAGAGAAGGAAUGGCUUCUCAGGAGACUCAAGGCUGACAACAACCAGACCGGGAAGGACGAAAAGAUGAACGUGAAGGGGGCCCUGCGUAGUCUCAAGGACUGGAAGAUUCUUACUGCCGGCGUCCUCUAUCUGGCCGUAUGCGUCACGGCGUAUUCGCUCUCAGUCUUCCAGCCCACCGUGCUCAAAACCUUUGGUUGGUCGAGCCUCAAAUCAAAUCUUUUAUCCACCCCGCCCCGGAUUGCCUCCGGUAUUGUCUCUGUCCUCGUUGGUAUCUGGUCCGAUAAGGUCAAGAGGCGCGGCAUAUUCUGCGUGUCAGGAUACACCAUUAGCAUCGUCGGCAACUUGCUCGUCAUGCUGCUGAAAAAUGGAAAUUUGCGCUACAUGGGAUUCUAUUUCGCGUCGAUUGGAAUCUACAUCUGCCAGCCUCUGGUUAUCGCCUGGUGCUCCAAUCAAGUUGUCGGCUCCGUCAAGAGAGGGACCCUCACAGCCUUCGCAGUCAGCUGCGGACAGCUCGGCGGGAUCAUCUCGGCAGUCGUUUACCCUUCGAAAGACAGCCCCCAGUACGUCCCCGGCAUAUCCACUUGCAUUGCGUUCCAGGUAGUCGGUAUCCUUGCCGCUAGCAACAUGUGGUUCUGGGCCAGACACGAGAACAAGCAGCGGGAUAUGGGAAAGAGGGAUCAUCUAAGGGAACUCCCCGAGGAGGAGGUGCAAAAGCUCGGCGAGAAGCAUCCGGAUUUCCGCUAUACUUUGUAA